AUGGACAAGCCUGUCCUCAUCAUUGGCGCCGGCGUUGUAGGCCUGUCGCUGGCGCACGGCCUCAAAAAGAACGGGGUCUCUUUUGAGAUUUACGAGCGCGAUGAGCACAUUGAUGCUCGCCCGCACGGAUGGGCCAUUACCCUCCACUGGGCGCUGCCUUUUCUGCAGGAGAUGCUUGACGAGGAGACGGUGAAGAGCAUCGACAGCGUCCAGGUCGACCCCAGCGUCGGCCGCAACGACACCGGCAACUUUGUCUUUCUCAACCUCGAGACCCUCGAGCCCAAGUUCCACAUCCCGCCCAACUACCGCCGCCGCGUCAACCGCGAGAAGCUGCGCAAGCUGCUGCUCAAGGACGUCGCCGAGCACGUCCGCUGGGGCAAGCGCCUCGAGAGUAUCGAGACCACGGCCGACACGGCCCGCGCUGUCUUCACCGACGGCACCGCGGCCGAGGGCAGCGUCCUCGUCGGCGUCGAGGGCUCCAACUCGCGGACGAGAAAGUUUCUGCUGCCGGACGCGUACCGCAACCACCAGCUGCCCGUCCGUCUGCUCGGCGCCACCCUCACGCUGCCCGCCGCCGACGCGCAGCCGCUGCUCGCCAUCGACCCGCUGCUCUUCCAGGGCUGCCACCCUGCCACCGGCAACUACCUCUGGAUCUCGCUCCUCGACAGCCCCGAGAUCAACGGCACGCUCGGCAGCGGCCGCGAGACGUACAAGUUCCAGGUCAUCGAGUCCUGGCUGGCCAAGACGCCCGAGGACGAAGUCCCCGCCUCUGACGCUGAGCGCAUCGACGUCAUGAAGCGCCGCGCCCAAGAGUUCCACCCGUCCCUGCGGGACGUCGUCCACAAGCUCUCGAGCGACUCCUCCGAGGUCGUGGAGAUUCUGCUGCAGGACUGGCCGUGCCAGGCGUUUGACAACCGCGGCGGCCGCGUCACGCUCGCCGGCGACGCCGCGCACGCCAUGACCAUGUACCGCGGCGAGGCGGCCAACCACGGCCUGCUCGACGCCCGCAACCUGUGCAAGGCGCUCACGUCUGUUGCUGCCGGGAACGCUUCGAUAAAGUCAGCGAUUGAUGGCUACGACGAGGAGAUGGUGGAGCGCACAAACCCGGCGGCGCUGCUCAGCCGACAGGCGUGUCUUGACGCCCACGACUUUCACUGCCUCAAUGAGAACUCGCCAGUUCUCAAGCGACGAGCCAUUAAGCAAUAA